ACGUAAAAUGGCUCCUAAGGCUACUCCCAGUAAACCACCGUCAACCCCUGACCGGGUAAAAACUAAAGGAGUUGUGAAAAAGAAGAGGAAGGGUAGGUUGAGUAAUCAAGCCUUGAGAAGAAUAUCAGAUUCCUCUUUCAAUGUAGCUCAGCUCUCCGGCUCUAGGAUUUCAACGCCGCGGGAUCGGAACAAGAAACGUUUGAGAUCAAACCUUCUUACUGGUGCUAAUAAUCCUGGAUCUAGCCGGAAAAGAAAGCUUUCUGUGAAGAACUCCCCAUUGAUGAACAGAAAAGCUAAACGAUUAGCUUUAGACUCCAAUACACCUUUCUCUCCAGCCAUCCAGAGUCCUCUCAAACCUUCAUCAUCCACUAAUCAGAAUCCUGAACCUAACGGAGAACCCAAUUCUAACAUUACACUCAGUGUGAAGCCAAUAAAUUCUCUUAAGUCUCCGAAGAGACCGAAGCCGAGGCUGCCGAUUGAUCAAGUGCCGAAAUCUGCGAACGACCUGAAGGCUCUUUUCAGGAAUAACCAUAUAGGAUCCAGUUCAAAGUUUUAUGAUCUCGACGUUCCAAGCACAGGACCUGCUGAUAAUCUGGGGAAAGAGAUGGACUCUGUAAUUUUAAUAGAGGAUGAUGAAACAACUAUAAAAGAUUCGGAGAAGACUGAAGUUGAAUCUGUCGGAGAUGAACUUAUGAAUCUGGUCCAAGGUUCCAAUGUACCUGAAACUCCUCGGACAAUUAUACAGAAGAUGAUUUUAAAUCAGAAGAAAAAUCAUGAGACGAUAACUCUGGAUGAUACUGAGGAUACAGAGGAUAAAGAGGAUAAAGAGGAUGGAACUAACUCUCCGGAUUCUAUAAUCCUGUUAGAACCGGAUACAGAGGAGAACCAAUCCGUCCAGGAGAUAGCAGCAAAAUACUUUACAACUCCAACCACUCUAGAUUUCAUACCUUUGCCCACAGGCACUGAAAAUACUAGAUUUCAGAAGCAAAGGCCGAGAAACCAUAAACAGAAAUCCAAUACGAGACAAAGAGAUCUUAAUCCUAAUUCAAACCGGGGCAGACCAUUUCCUCGCUCCCAACAUCCAUCUUUCAACCCCAACCUUCCACCAAACAUGGCUUUCGGUUCGGAACCAGUUCCUUCCGAGAUUUAUAAUUUUACCGGAGGAAGAUGUCGUGAGAAUGUUGCUCCUAUUCUAGGACCCACUAUGUACUCCAACGAUACACAAGUUAAAAGUGGUCUCCGACCGAUAGUGAUUGACGGGUCUAAUGUUGCAUUUGCUCACGGACGGGGAUCUCAGUUUUCAGUUAAGGGUAUAGAGAUGGUGGUCAACUAUUUCAAAGAUCGGAAACACGAUCAUGUUGUCGCAUUUCUACCCCAGUUCCGGGUUGGGACGAACUUUAAACUUCUCUCCAAGAUGGAGACGGAGGGAACAGUUAUAUUUACUCCGAGCAGAACUGUUGAUGGUCAGAGAAUUAAUAGUUACGAUGACAGGAUGAUAUUAGAUUACGCAGUAGAAAAGGGAGCUAUUGUAAUAUCUAAAGAUAACUACAGAGAUAUGUUCCAGGAGAACCCAAAGUACCAUGAGACGAUAAAGAUGAGAUUGCUGAUGCCGACCUUUGUCGGUGAUACCUUGAUGUUUCCUCAGGAUCCCUUGGGCAGGAACGGACCAAUGUUGGACGAGUUCCUCAGAUUCUGAGCUUUAGAAACUAGUCUCUGGAAAAUUUUAAAUGUGAUAUAUUAAAAUAUAUAUAUAUACUAUUGUGUGUACUGUGUAUUUGUAUUUUUUCAACCUAAAUGACUUUAAGAUUUUGUCAGA